CUCGAGUUCACGAGCUCAAACACUCACGAGCCUCGCCGAUCUCCAGUAGCAAAAGAAGUAGAAAGCAGUUUGAAAGCGAAUCUUCUAUAAGAAGAAGACACAAGCCGCCUCAUGAUUCAUUGGGAAAACCGAGAGCGACGUUGAACGUUCUUCCGCUCAAGCUCGACGCUUUCUUCUUGACUUUUUCCUACCCAACCAAGACCGAAGGUAGCAGGCAACAUGUUUCUCUUAGUUCUUCCGGCUCUCCUUCAAGGUGUUGCAAAGAAUCGCCGGCCAGCGCAACAGAGCACCUCUGUGCUGUCGCUGAUGGUCCUCCUGUUACGCGUCAUAUUUGCCGACGCAGGUAUAGCGCCAUCGCUGUGGACGUCGUCUUCUCUGCCGUUUUUCUGCAUGCCGGCCUCAGCAAGGAAAUGGCAAAACGCAUAUCAUGAAAGCAUUCCCGCAGGUACUCCUAGUGUAGCUUUUUCUUCCUGUAGUUACUUCGUGAGUAUUUUAUACUGUGUCAGAUCCGUUGCCAUUUUUGACUAGACAGGCAAAAAUCCUUACUAUUUUACAUACUAGCUUGGAGCGCCCGAUAACAUCCCUCCCACGAGGAUCCCCCUCCUCCCCAAAAUAAGAAACUAAGCAUGGCAAAGAUGUAAGCGAUACGCGUUUUGGAAAUUUGGAAAGUUUUCCACGUUUUGGCAUCGUUUGAGGAUUGAAUCUCGUGCGUUUGAAGUGCUAAGAUCCCAAAGCUUUUUGAUUUUCAGCCCUUUCCCUGAAUUUCAAUCUCUUCGGUUUGCACUGUUCAAAUUUCAAAAAUUUUCCACAUUUUCUCGCCGUUCUGGGAUUGAAUUUUGUGCGUUUGAAGUGCUAAAGGUCCAAAAUUUUUGAUUUUGAGCCCCUUCCCUGAGCUUCAAUCUCUUGGCUUCGCGUUUUUCAAAUUUCGAAAAUUUUCCACGUUUUCCGUCGUGUUGAGAUUGAACCUCGUGAGUUUGAAGCGCUAAGACCCCAAAACUUUUGACUUUAAGCCCUCUCCCUGAAAUUCAAUCCCGUGGUUUCCUGGGUUCAUGGGUUCAUGGAUUUGGGGAUUGUUUGUCUGUUUUUGUGUCGGAGGUUGUGGGCUUGGAGGUUGAGGCUUCGGAGGGGAAGUGCUUGCAGAGUUUUAUUGCUCUUAGUACUAGCUUGGAGCGUCCGAUAACAUCCCUCCCACUAGGAUCCCCCUCCUCCCCUAAAUAAGAAACUAAGCAAGGCAAAGAUGUAAGCGAUAUGCGUUUUCAAAUUUCGAAAAUUUUCCACGUUUUGCCAUCGUUUGCGGAUUGGGUCUCGUGCGUUUGCAGUCAAGUGCUAAAAUUUCGAAAACUUUCCACGUUUUGCCAUCGUUUGGGGAUUGGGUCUCAUGCGUUUGAAGUCAAGUGCUAAGAUCCCAAAACUUUUCGACUUUAAGGCCUUCCGCUGAAAUUCAACCUCGUUCUUGGAUUUGCAUGCUUCAAAUUUCGAAAAUUCUCCACGUUUUGCUGUCGUUUUGGGAUUGAAUUUUGUGCGUCUGAAGCGCUAAAGCCCCAAGGUUUUUGCCUUUCUUUUCAGCCCUUUCCCUCAAGCGAAUAACCCCAGGCCGCCUCGUCUGCUAUUUUCCUGCUAGUUUCCUGCUAGUUGCCCUCUAAUACCCCACCCGGCGACGAACAGAAAGAGAAACACCGAAAGAGAACACCGACGAAGGAGUCACCAGCGAACAUCGCCAAACACCGAACGAACGGCAGGCCGAAAUGCCUAAGCUCGAGCGCCACCCCCCGCCUGCUCUAGCUCCUCCGAUCAAAGUCUUGAAAACUGUCGCGGGAAGCUUGACCCUAGAGCAACCACAGAAAGCACUAAAACGCAGCUCCCUAAGGUUCCCGCAUAGAGUGUCACUCUCUGCCAAGGGUUGAGAAGAUCACCAGACAAGGGCGACUUCGCUAAGCCGAGGCACAUCAUCGAAGACUUGAAGGAGCUGAGGCACUGAGGCUACUGCGACACACACACACCAAGACUCAGUACCCAAGUCACCGCGAAAAGAUAUAAAGGACCUAGAUCAGAAGACGCAGACUCUAGCCACGACUAGGAGGCCAGCAAGCUCCAGAAACAUUCAUACAAAACUCACCGCCCCCCGCGCAGCCACAUCGUGACGCCUGUAAAGCGCGACGAAGAUAACAAGCCGAGCGAGAGCUUCAAGCCUAUAUGGCAAGACAGCACUAGCCCAAGCAAAGUGCUGGGUCUGUGCGAUAUGUUGCUAGUAUUGUGUUAAAAAAUCUUUCAAAGGUUGCUGUCGUGUGGUGCCUCGGGGUAGUUCUGAUGGCGUUCCGCCAAGAUGUCAGACGCCAUGAAGUUUCUCUACGUUUUUCCAUUCUUAAAAAAGUACUAUCUCGGUGUAGCGCUAGUUAGAUACCGCCAGAGGGAGACGACACCCCGCAGGGGCGCCUCCUUGACGGUCGAAGGGGGGACAUCGCAAGAAGCAUGAGAAUUAUGACGAUACAUCUGAAGACUGCCCAUGAAAGUAGUACAAACGUGAUAAGGAUUCUCUUCAAACAAUAACGGUGGUAAGUAGUUCAUACAUAGAGGGCGGGCUAGCCCCUCACGUAUCACCGGCGCCCCGGAAAGCCCAAGAUCAGCCACAUCUGUGACCCCUCAAAUUGAACUACAUCAAAAAGUAAGGAGACAACACGUGGAAGAAGAAGACACGAAAGCAAGUGGCUCCGUGUGAAAUCUUCCAGGUGGCACGCUUUUCUGCGCGUCUUCUUGGCUGUGCGCCUUGUUUGGCUUAGCCGAAGACGUCAUCAUUAUCGUCUCCCAUGUCCGCCUGCAUUUUCGCGCGGUUGAACUUGUUCUUCACUGCGCGAGCAGCCGUCUCAUCACCUUCCGAAAGAAGAAACUCGACGCCACGAGUGUACUGCAAGAGCGUCUCCACCAUGUCACUACCUGGUAGUUUUUUUGCAUCAGAUGAAAAAGGGAACAUAAGACAAACCCUAGCAAAGAAAGACGAAACGUCACCGACUUACUUAAAGCACGCACAGAAGUCUACCCAUCAGAUAAGAACUUAGCACCAUUAUCAGCAUCGGAGGCCUGCUUCAAACGCGGGACCAGCUUCGCCAGUUCUGGCUCGGAUAGCUUCUUCUCGCGGCAAAUCCAGAUCAUCAACUUCUUCACCAUGUCAUCUGCGCCCUUGUUCACCCAAAUGGAGCGGUAAACAUCAUAGACGACCGCGUCAUCUGUGAGGAGGUCCUGCGUCAGGCGCUUGGUAUCAUCCUGACAGCCACCACGCGUCCAGUUGACAUUCGAAAAGUCCUUGAUCUCACCACAGGCAACCUUCUCGAGAAUGGAAGCCAGCUCCGCAUUCUUAACGUGGCAGAUAGCGCGCAGCUCAUCGAUGUCAGACUGCAAAGCCUUUCCCCCGAAGUCCACCAAAUUCGGAAGGACGUCAAACCUGGCGAUAGUUUUGGUUGAAGUGCGUAUCUGCAAAAAAAUGGUCACGGACGAUAGAUGUGAAAAAGCUGGGUCACGAAUGAAGAUAAGAAUCCCGAAGCGAAUCCAACCACUAAACAAGAAGCAAAAUCUGCGAUGAGUAGACUCUGAAAAAAAUGACCGCUGCGAAGUACUCUCCCACUCUGAAAAAAAUGACCACGGCGAAGUGAUGCUGCCCAAGUAUGAAAAAAACUAAAAGCAUUACACUGUCCAGUCAAGCUGCUUCUUGUUGCGGAUCUUCGCAAACGCUUCGGUGCGGAUGUCGCAAAAAAGCUGCACGGUAGGGACGUCCAUGAACUCCAUCUCCUUCGUGGUGCGAGUGAACGGCUGACCAGUCAACGUAGCCUCAACCAUUUCCAUGACCGACGGGAGCAGCUUCUUGUCCUUCAUGGUCUGACCAAACACACGCCAGAAGCGACACAUGUCCUUGGCACCAGCGCGCUGAGACUUGAGAGCACGUUCUAGCUCCGCCGAAUCACGAUCGAACUCCGAGUCUUCGAGGAAGCGCGACAAGGCCUGUGCAAGUGGUAAGAGGGAACGAGUCAAGAACAAAAAAGCAGCUACUGCUUACUCAAAAGCGAUCCCACCCAAAAAGCAAAAAAAUCAGUGGAGGUGAAGAAAAUAUAAAAAGACAACACCAGAACAGCGGAAGAACCCAAAAACACAAAGUGAAAAGAGUGCCAAAAUCACUCGGAGAUCAUCAGCAAGUCCCUCAGCUCAGUGUCUCUCUCUAAAAUUUGCACAACAAAAGAAGACAGAAGUACCGCCUCAGUGCGAUGCUCCCACUGCGCAUCUUCGAGCAGGCGCUCGAUCUUCUUGGUCUGGUGGGAAAACGUCGAGAUCUCCGCCUGCUUCAAAACAUCGAAGCACUCCUGCAACUCCUCAAGGGACAUGGUGGGGCUGGUAUCCAUCUCAGAACCGCCGCCAGAAAGUUCCGCCCCUUUAAGGGCCUGCUCAGGUUCACCAUCAAGACCCAUCGGGUCGUCACCGUUCAGCUCAUCAUUCUCAGUGAAGGCGGUGGUCGUGGAGUUCCCCUUUCCAGGAGCAGCCAGCAACUUCAUAUCUUCGACCAUCUUGGAAGCCUUGAGCAAGUUGGGGCCAGUCGACUUGAAAACAGCCUUGUACCUGGGAGGUUCAUGCAGUAGAAACAUAGAGAGAUGAAAAAAAAAGGCCCGCCUUCGAAUAAGACAGAAUCACUUGAAAGAAUGAUGUCCCAGGCCUAUUCAAAAAGCAAAGUCACACGAAAGAAAUUGCUAUAAGGAAAAGAAACAAGAGAAAAAGAAAGCACCUGUUGACAAAUUCCACGGCCGUCCCCUUAGACUCGGCGUCGAACUUCUUCUUCAAAGAAUCGCUCACCCAAUCCGCAAGAACUUGAUACGGCUGCUCGAGCUGGGGCGCGCCUGUGCAUGAGAGAAAAGUAGCGAUAAAAAAAAUCGGCCAUCUUUGGACGAAGAAAAGAAGCUGCCACGACUCGAUAGUAUGGAAAGUGAUAAGUUUAGAAAAAAUGACCGCGGUCAUUUUUAACGAUCAUCCGAGAAUCUACCUGCCAAAACUGAAGAAGAGGAGAUGCUAGAAGAGAAACAACAACGACAGCACAACUUUAGUGACAUGCCAUUGCUAGAGUCUAGUAGUAGAAGAACUACCAAAGAUCGACAACUGAUCGCGCGCAGCUUCAACACACUCCGCGAUGUUCGACAAAUGAAGAAGCUCCGGCUUCUUUCCACGCAGGUGCUUCUGCAGAGCACACAUCUCGGCGUCGUUCAAUGGCCAACGCAUCUCCUCCGACUCCUUGUUGCCAAUCUGAAUUUCCCCCGCAGCCAAUGAUGAGGCUUUCUUGGCUUCCGUCUUCUUAGCCAACUGCUCCUUGAAAGCAGCGUCAGACAUGUCAAGAAGCGAAGACAACGGAGUGACAGCGAACCCAGUAGAAGAAGAAGUUGUAGUAAUGGCGCUAGUACUUGUAGAAGAUGACGACGCGACCUGCGGAGGCUUGGGCAUGCCCCCCAACAAAGAGGCGACCCCCUUCUCCUGCUCCUUGCGAUGGUCAUCACACAACUGACCCAGAGCACAGCUUUCAUCAACCGGAGAGAAUCCGCCAAAGCUACUACGGCUGCCACCUAGUCCAAACCCAAAAGAAGAAGAUGUAAACGCUGGCUUAGCUGCUUCAUCAACAACCAUCUUGACCGGGCGAGUGGCAUAGCCAUGCAUUGAGAUGGCACUACCAUGCGCAUAGAGGAAGUUGCUGAUGGUGUCCAACUUCUGUCGGGCGCUUUCCUUGCGGUUCAGGCGCUUGUGGAGCAGUGCGCGGCACUCUUGGCGACGGACGGUGUUGCAGUGUUCGUUGAUCUUGUCCAAGAUGAAACGCCACUGAAGCUGCGGGAUGUGCGGGUUGAUGGUGGUCGAGCCCUUCUUCUUAUGCUGCUCGGCGAGGAGGGAGGCGACGUACUCCGCCGCGUUCUGGAAGCCACCAGACUCGUCAUCGGCUGUGCUGCCUGGCUUCUUCCCGAAAGCCGGCAAGCCAGUGAGGAAGUCGCCGUAGGUGCACUGCCACUUGUCGUUGCGGUGCUUCGAUUUCAGCUUCUGCAUAGCAUCCUCCUUCUGCGCCUCGAUGUCUUCGAGGUUGACCGGCUCCCUCUUGCGGUUGCGCUUUGCGGGCUGCGCGUCCUUCUUGAAGUCGAUCUCGUCCUGGCUGGCCACCAGGCCAGGGCGCGUUUCUGUGAGAGGUUUUGAUUGAGUUUUGAAAAAUGACCGCGGUCAUUUUUUGACUAAGAUGAGAGAGAAAGGAUGACUUAGCAGUUUGACACGGUGGCCAUUUUUUUCGAAAAGUUGCCGAAUUCAAAUGAUGGAAAAAGCAUCAAAAAAUCGAGACUAGACAGCUACUACACUCCAGCAAGAGCCCCCGGGUCACGUUUUUCAGCCUCUAUUAUUGGCUCUAAUUUUGGUUCCAAUUAAGUGCUAUUUGAAAAACCUCCUUAGAAACCGAGCCCCGAGGUAAAACUUAGAACCAAAAAUAGAAGCGUAAAAAACAUGACCAGGCGCAGAGUGUCGGUGUAGAAAUAGAACCUCAAAACCCUAUACAAAACAACACCACGUUGAUCGCCUUGCUUUUCGAUUUCGGUUUCGGCUGGGCGGAGUUAGCAUCUUCUUUUCCCGGCGGCGGCGCCACGACGUUGUUGCUGGUACUAGCUGCGGGAGCCUGCUUCUGAUGUUCCUGCUGCGCCGGCGCCUCACUCUUGUUUUCAUCGAGCAGCUUGUCCAUAGUACCAGCAGGAGGAGCCUUUGGCUGAGCCGCCGACUUAGCAGCAGCAGGCUUUCUACCCGUUUUCUUCUUAGGGGCGGCGCCACCUGUAGCGCCAGGCGUCUCGUCGACGUUCUCGCCUUGAGUUCCGGGCACAGGCGGCGGGCUCAUUUUGGAGCUAGCGCCACCAGUCUCGCAACCGUCUGCACCAGGAGCACUCAUCUUGGACUGCGACAUGAUUGCUCACCACUAUGGGUCGUCUUGCUGUUAGAGUGUCUGUUUAUUUAGCGGGCAGAAGUCUUUCAGUAAUAGACUAGCAGAAGAGAGAUGAGAGGAACGUCAUGUGAUUACAUAAAAGCAUUACGAUACUGAGAAAGCGGCCAUGCUUAUUCUUUUAGCGAAGUGCGACCUUCUAGAGGAUCCGCGAGCCUGAUCGUGAAUGUUUACACUGCGCGCUACUUACGAACGCGACCGCAACCACAGGUAGAAGCAGAUCAUGAGAAAGCGCAUGGAGAUCGCAAGAGAGCCGCAACGAGCUUACGCGCCAAGACAAGCAGAUCACACCCGAGCCGAAAGAACACAAAAGUAAAUCAGGGCAGCCGCAAAGAAAUCCACAACGAAGGCAAGAUCAGGCUACUUUGGCCCCAAACUUGAAAGAUGGCCAGUGCAUUUCGGUGGACCCUACUAACAACUUGAAAAAAUGACCAGCACACUACGACGGAUAUAGCUACUAUUUCAAAAAUACUCCAUCAGGCUCUUCUGUCCAUCAAAGUCGCACUUCGCUAUGUUCAAAAGUUUUUCAUAAAAUCCAUGCCUGGGGUGGUGGUUCCAGUAGUUUCCUCGCGCCUUUAGAUUGUUGAUGACGUCAUCCAAGAGUCCCGCCAGAGCCUCUGCCCAGUCAGCAUGCACCCCCCGGGUAUAGAGCGACUGCCGUCGUUGCUCAGAGUUCGUCAUCGUCGCCCCACGGCUUAAUAAAAACCGCAGCGCGCGCACCACAACAGCGGCAGCCUUGCGCGCCUUCUCCAUUCCUCCAUACAAUUCGACAGCGAAGUCUUUACUACUAUGCUUCUUGCCUAAAAGGAGCAGCUCCCGCAGUCGCUUGAGGCCAUCAUCAUCCGCAAGAGUUACACGCACAACAUCCACAACGGUCCCCACGUUCCUCGCUGUCCACUCGCCUCCCCGUGGAAUGAACUCAAAAGGCUCAGACUCCUCAUCCUGCAUGAAAUUCUCAAGCAUGACACGCGCACCAGCCUCGAUCCUCCUCCUCUUCCCAGCAACGUUCGCUGGCGCAUCAAACUGCUGUCGUGGCGGCUGUGCGACUUGACGCGCAGGUCCUGCCGCUGGAGGACGUGGAAUCGCAGGCGCUGGACGCGCUGGCGGAGGUCCUUCACGUGCGGCCUGGUCCUUUCGCUUCACUCUAGUGGUGGCGCCACGUAUCGCGCAUACGACUGCCGAGUCCCUCAAGAAGAUGGGACGAAGCGUCUCACGCACCUGCAAAAGCAUGCCAACAUCCGUAACAGCAUCCGGAGGCACGAAGAACACCUGACCGGGCGGCAACUUGCUGAGCUCCGCCGCUGCUGGUUUUUUUGCAAGAACGCUGAGUCCUGUUUCCAUACCACUAGAGACGCAGCUCAAACGCAAGCCAGCUAUUCGCAAAGGAGUUAAAAAAAUCGACGCAACCCGCCACGCGCGUAUUCUUGUUGUCUCGUCAGCAGUCACCUCGAAGACGAGCAACACACCACCAACGAUCUUGCUCCGCCCAUCGUUUUUGGCUCUGCGAACCAACUCAGCGAGCGAGCCAUCCAACUCCGAAGGCAGAAACGGCGGCAACGGGUGCGAGACUAAGACGCGCGGCACUGUCGCUGGAGUGGAAGACUUCUGAUGCAACUCCUUGUAGUCGUUCUCCAGCUCCUUGCGUGUUCUUUUGUUGUUGAAGAAGUGAUAGACCUGGUCAUCUGUUAAAAGAGAAUCGACAUUCACUGUAUUCGCCAGACAGAACGUCUUUAGGUGUCGGCCCAUUUUUUCGUCCCGCUUGACCACCUUCCUGUCGCUGUCCUUCAGGCGGCUCAUCAGCUUCUGAUACAAGGCGACCUUGUGGAGUUCCGCUUUCUCCUUGAGCUCUUGGUAGUGCUCGUCUGUGACAUCCCGCCAGUCGUUCUCCAUCCAGUCCUCUACUAGAAGCCGCUGGCCCUUCGCGUCGGUAAUCCCCUUCUUCGAUUUUUCUUGUACAAACAUGCUUGUUGCUUUGACUUUUGCGACACGGUGGUAGAUGUCCGCAAUCUGCUUUUCCGCUGUGCAAGAAGUUGCAGCCCCUGCACGUGGUGCGCCAAAAUCCAUCUCACUACUAAAGUCCGCGUCGUCGAUCUUAUUCAGCUGCUUGUGCAGUUUGAGCAUCACAAAAGUAUUCACAUGCUGAUGCAUUAAAGAGUUCCGCCUACUAACAUCAGCGCCAUUCUUGUGCAGCCGCUCGCAAUAGAUGAUGCCAAUUGCGAUGGAGCGCAUGACGUGAAGGUACCCACUGAGUCGACGCAUGUUCUCACUGAGGACACCUGGAAGAAGUUGCGAGAGUUUUUUUAUCUUUUUGGAGAAGCUUGCAUCCAGGUCAGCGUCUGGCGCGUCGCGCACUCUCCGGACAAACUCAGCAGCAUCCUCACACUCCAACACAGCACACCACGGCCAAGAGUCCAGCUUUGUGAAGGCGUUCGUUUGCAGAUGUGUGAAGGCGCCAUCAAAUGAUAACCGGCUGGCCCGCGCGUCCUCCGUUCUACAAUGAGUUGAAAAGCGGGUGGCACUUUGCGGAACUGUUGAUCGCCACUCCUGUGUUGCGAUGGCUUCAACUGUCAGGCGCGACGCUUCCAGGCGCGUAAUCGUUGGAGUCUUCAGAAUCAUCCUCCUUGCUUUGCACAACACCUGCAGCCCCAAGGCAAUCUGCCAGCAAUGUUGAGUGAACUUAUCCACAUCCAGCUUCGGACUCUGCAGUGCCGCCCGCAAGAGCAUCUUCUUGUUUGCUUUCUUGAGUGCCAGACUCGCACACGCGGGCCACAAGCCAAGCAAGUUCAGCAAGCAGUACCUCGCAAUCGGUUCGACACUAUCACCGAACCGCCCAAAGUUCACCUUCGCCGGAGCCUACAACUCGAAGAGUCUUUCUUUCGCCUUGUUCUUAGUCGCACAACUGUGCAGAGAACCACCGCGGAAGAAGAUGGGGCUCUUUUUCAGUUCAUCGACGAGCUCCUGCUUCCAAUCCUGCGAGAGGAAGUCAAUGAGCUCCGCGUACUCCGCUCGGUCUUGCUCGUUCAUCACUGCCGCCUGAAAGUGCGUGUCUACGAAGAGCGGGAUGAACUCCCUCACCACCAUGAUGCUCCCGCUCGCGCUCCUGCAUAUGCCUGAGAAGCCUUUCUCCUCAGCCUCCCCCGAAAUGAUGAAAGAGGUCCCAGCUUUAAUCCCCAGGUGCCACUCGUGCGGGGUGCAGCGUGAUGGCACGUAGAGAUCUAACAGCCCAUCCAAGCGGUCAGCUGCAGUCGGUAGAGGUGGGUCGCCAUGUGCUCCAUGUAGAUGCUGACGCAGAGGGACUAGGGACGCUCCAUCUCCUGCUGCAUGACUCAACGUCAUCACACCCUCAACCGGAAUUGCAGCGCCCCGCAUGAGAUUCCGCAAAGACGGCGCCACCUUCAACACCUGCCCCAUCACCUGGUCUGCCGACUUCCCGACGUUCAUCAUGACAAGCGGCUGCAAGGUGAAGUACUUAUCUAUUAUACCCCGAGGGUCUCCCGCAUCAUAGCGCCCCACUGCUCUCACCACCAGCAGAGUGCUGCAAGAAGUUGGCACUUUCGUAGUGUUGUCGAUGGUGGUCAUGUCCGUCUCAUCCCACUCCACGUGAGAGAAGUAGCACACCCUACUUGAGUUGCUGCCUUCACGACGCAAGAACUUGGGGAUCGUCUCCGCCUGAUGUAGCAGGAGGAGUUUACAGAACAAAUGCCGAUAGCAUUCCAGCUGCGCUCCAACACUGUAGUCAUCAAACUCACCAGGGACGUUCCGCGCCCAGAUGCCAGUCGCGGCAAACCUCGCAUAUUUGACCAAAAAUUUCAAAUACGCGCCGGUUGCUCGAAGAGGUGCCCGAGGAAGCAACACCAUGUCGCGGAAACCACAGACCGGAAGCUCAGCACCAAAAAAGUCGAUCUUCGGAGCACCCUCGCGCAUGACGUUGCCCAGAGGGCCAGACAUGUUUUUGGCUCGGGUUUUCCUCUCAGAUGCUCUCACACUCAGCCCGAGGGCGCAAAUCCUAAUAAUCUAGCACAGCCAAGAGCCGCGGGCUAGCCUAUAGAUGUAAGCACCUAACGCAUACGCACAUAACUACUUAGAGCUAUAGAUCUAAGUACUGAGCUAGUGCUGCCCUGCCUCAAGUGUGACUCAUGCAGCUUUAACUGCAACCCCCCCACACAGCUGGCGCAAAAGCUUUGCACAUGAACACACUCACCAUCCCCCACAACAUACGAAGCGACAUUGGCUCCCAUGAGCAAACAGAAGCAAAAAAGAGAAAAAUUAGAAAAGAAUUAGAAUAGAUUCCAGCCCGGCCGCAUUCGCUUGAUUUCCCUGGGAUUCAGUUUCUUGGAUUUGCGUUUUUCAAAUUUCGAAAAUUUUCGACGUUUUGCCGUCGUUUUGGGGUUGAAUUCUGUGCGUUUGAAGUGCUAAAGUCCCAAAGUUUUUGAUUUUAAGCCUUUUCCCUGAGAUUCAAUCUCUUGGCUUCGCGUUUUUCCAAUUUCAACAAUUUUCCACGUUUUUCGUCGUUUUGGGAGUGAAUCCCGUGAGUUUGAAGUGCUAAGAUCCCAAAAUUUUUGAUUUUGGGCCCUUUCUCUGAAAUUUAAUGCCUUGGCUUCGCGUUUUUCAAAUUUCGAAAAUUUUCCACAUUUUGUCGUCGUUUUGAGAUUGAGCCUCGUGCGUUUGAAGCGUUGAGAUCCCAAAAUUUUUGAUUUUUAGCCCUUUCCCUGAGAUUCAGUCGCUUGGCUCCGCGUUUUUCAAAUUUCGAAAGUUUUCUACCUUUUUCGUCAUUUUGCGAGUGACUCCGUUGACUUUGAAAGGCUAAGAUCCCAAAAUUUUUGAUUUUAAGCCCUUUCUUUGAAAUUUAAUUCCUUGGCUUCGCGUUUUCAAAUUUCGAAAAUUUUCCACGUUUUGUCGUCGUUUUGAGAACGAGUCUCGUGAGUUUGGAGCGUUAAGAUCCUAAAGCUUUUGACUUUAAGCCCUUUCCCCCGAAAUUCACUUCCGUUGCUUCAUGGUUUCGUGGUUUCUUGGUUUCAUGGUUUCGCUUCGUGGUUUCCUGGUCUCGUGGGUUCCUGGGUUCCUGGGUUCAUGGGUUUGGGGUUUGUUUGUUUUUGUGUCGGAGGUUUUGGGUUCGGGUGUUGGAGGUUUUGGGUUUGGGUGUUGGAGGUUGAGGCUUCCGAAGGGAAGUGCUUGCAAAGUUUUAUUGCUCUUAAUAUUAGUUUUAGCCAUUGUCUUACUGUUGGUCAAGAUCGUAAUCCUUGAAAUGUCACAAAGAUCAGAAGGAUAAAGAUCAACGAAAUGACCAAGAUCGCCAGGCAAAAGGUUACCGGAGCACCAUCCAAACGCCCGACGGGUUUACCGUCGCGCGGGUGUCUCUGGCUUCUCCUCCCUCUCUCGUUUGUGGCUCAAGCCUUCCAACACAGUCAAGGACAAAACGCAACAGGAAAGGCCCCAAAGAUAACCUACAGACCUAAAUGCAUAUGGUUCCAGAAUCAAUGAUCAACAGGCAAAGGACCUUCAACGUAUUCAGAUAGCAGAAAUGUCGAAUGUUCAUAGCUGUAAUCAGGUUCAUAACGUCUCGCCAGUUCUGAUCAGUGAUUCGAUGUAGGGCGAUCGAGUGCGUCAAUGAUGAUAGCAUAGGCGUUCUCACAUGAAGCAUCAUGAUGUCCCAAUGAAGAAGCUGAGACUUCCUCCUUGCGACCCCAAUGAAUAUCCACAGGGAUCAAAGCAGCCAGAGGCCGUUAGUCUCAGGCUGUGAGUGCAAUCGUGCGAUCUGUAUCGAGCUCAAGUGCUUCUUACCGAGAAACUAGGCGCGACUUAGAAGUCUGUGUUCGAAUGGUCCAGCGCUUACAUUAUAACAUUAUAUGCAGAGGCCAGUCCAUCUCUACCGACCCUGAAAAGCUACAGGCUAUCAAUCGGAUGAGAAUGAGGUCGAUCACACAAGACCUGACGAUGAUGACGGAUUGGACGACAAUAGCAAAGAAGACAAAGGCGACGCCAGCCAUCUGACGCCGAGUUUCAUAGUCAGUGGCACUGGCGGAAAGUCGUCUGGUACGCAAGCAGCAAAACCAGAGGAGAAGGCCGACGCUAAUGCACUUCUAGCAGCUAAUAGAAAGAGGGCCAAAGAAGUAGAACAAGAGCUAACUGAAGUGCGAAAACAAAUAAAGGAUAUGGAGCCCCAUGAAAAUGAUACGGAUGCAUCAAAAGAAGCAGCUCAACUAGUAAGUGAAUAUCUUCCACUAGAGGAAGAGCAGCUACAGGGAGAGUUAACCACGUUGCGGAAUGAGGAACGGGAGCUACAGGCAAAGCUGCUUACGAACCUAUUAGCAGUGGAUUCGGCAUCGACCCCAGGCACCUCUGUGAAAAUCAUGAGCCCUGCUGCUUCUGUUGAAGAAUUCAACCAGCCACCUCUUCGGGGUCCUCAUUAUCGCAUACGAUUCGUCCGCACUCCAUCUUCUACAUUGCAGCAAGAGGUCGAGAAGCUCGACGAUAAUUUGGUUUUGGGAAUGUGCCGCCACAACUACAAGGGCUUUGAGAUGGAGAAAGCGAUGAAGUUGCCGCGGAAGCAUCUUGCAGGCACAGACUCCCCGAUCAUCGAGAACGUAGACCAGCUCCGUCAAAACUUCCCUGAUACUUCAUCAUCACAAAUGUUUGGACAAGAAAUAGAACCAGAUGAUUACAGUAGUACUGCAAACGUGCGAGAUGUCACGGUAGGAAGAAUCGUCAGUUGCGGUGGCAGCUUUUUUGAUACGCUGGACGAAAUGAAUUUGAAAUUGAAUAGUUGCGAGACAUGGCGUCCUAGAAAUUUUGAUAAUGUGGAGGUGGAGAAGAUAUCUGUAGAAGCUACGCGGGAGAAGGUGAAAUCCGCAAUCGCUGAUGCUCUGUCGAGAUACGGCAGGCUUCGCUUUCAGAUGGAAUGUCAAGCUCAAGCCGAUAAUACGCAGGACCGUAGAGGAGAAUCGUUUAAAACUUAUCGAUUCAUGCUAAUAGACGUCGAGUGGAAUUGAGCCUGGUGAUGGCGAUCAAGGAAGCCUCCGACCGUUGUGAUAGAAAAAGGUCGAAGGAGGGAAGUUGGGUACGAAGGGUCUUAGGAGAAGUGACUCUGAAACAAGACGUUGAAACUUUUGAUGAACAAUAGUGAUACAAAUAAAAA